CCGAUUGCCACCGCCGCAACCUGAUCGCAGGGUGGCCAUCAGUCACUCUGGCAGACGGAGGCCUUCCGAAUAGUAAGCUCAAUGUCAAUGAAAUGUUCCUAGGAACACCCAAUAAUUGGCCCAUUACUAUAGUCAUAGAAGCCUAUGGAGAGUGAUGUCUGUAUGGUCCUGUAUUGUACAAUGAGGAGAGCAGGAAAAUAUCUCAUCCAGCACAUUAUAGGGUUAAUAGAUGCAGGAGGUGUAAUGUUAUUUCUGCUGAACACGCCCGAUAUAAUUCACUUUCAGUUUCCAUUCUUGCCCGGAAGCCAUGGCGUCUGCUGAUCUGAGAGACGAGCUGCUCUGCUCCAUCUGUCUGAACAUUUAUACAGAUCCUGUAACCCUGAGAUGUGGACACAACUUCUGCCGGGACUGCAUUGGUCAGGUCCUGAAUACACAGGACGGGGCUGGAGGUUAUUCCUGUCCUGAAUGUAGAGAACAGUCCCAGGAGCGGCCGGCACUGAUAAAGAACAUAACUCUAUGUAAUGUAGCAGAACGUUUCCAAUCUACUCAGGCACAUCAGGAGGAGAUCACCGGGAUCCACUGCACGUACUGUGUGGACUCUCCUGUACCUGCUGUGAGAUCCUGUCUUCACUGUGAGGCCUCUAUGUGUGAUAAACACCUGAAAGUUCACAGCAAGGGACCAGAACAUGUCCUGACUGAUCCCAGAACUUCCCUGGAGAACAGGAGAUGUCCCAUCCAUAAGGAACUUCACAAGUACUAUUGUACUAAGGAUGGAAUCUGUAUCUGCGUGUCCUGCAGUUUGGUUGGAGAACACAAAGGACAUAACAUGGAGUCUCUAGAUGAGGCGUCUGAGAAGAAGAAGAAGAAGCUGAGAAAUGUUCUACAGAAUCUGAUCACAAAGAGAGAGAAGACUGAGGAAAGAGUCCGGAGUCUGGAGGAACGCUGGAGAAAAGCUCAAGAAGAAGCAUCUGGAGAAGCGGAGAGAGUCACUGCCCUGUUUAUAGACAUCAGGAGACGGCUGGACGACCUGGAGAAGAGGAUCCUGAGUGAGAUCUCCAGGCAGGAGGAGAAGAUGUCACUGUCUGAUGUCAUCCAGAAGCUGGAGAUGAAGAAGGACGAGCUGUCCAGGAAGAUGAGGGACAUUGAGGAGCUGUGUAACAUGGCGGAUCCACUGACUGUCUUACAGGAUCCAGACACAGGUGACUUGUGUGAUCCUGAGGAGGGGGGAGGUGAUGAGGACACAGGGGGACAUGAUACCACACAUGAUGUAGAUGUCAUUACAGGGAUGUUACAUGCAGGUGACAUAUCUACAGACCAUCGCACCCCCAAAACCAAAGAGACCACAGCCCCCCAGGGUCCGAUCUCUGCCCAGUCACACACAAGCUUCACCUGUGUCCGGUCCACAAUAUCGGGGUGAUGGUGCAAUA